GCGUGGCCGCGGUCUGGAGCUUUCCCUUCCUCGUCCGGCACAAAACUUUUCGACGAUGCCCCCAAAGAAUCCACUCGCGUGGGCGCUCUCGAAUCCGUUCACGUCUUUCUCCUCCCUUGCUCUUUUCUUCUUUCCCUGUUCCAACUUCCCCUUCCCUCUUCUACUCCUUCGACUCAGCCAUCGUGUUUCUUUCCACCACCGAAAAGGAUUCGAUUCCCCUGUUCUUCUCCCUCUCCUCUUCUUCAAGAAUCCAUGCCAUCUCUGACUCGCCUGGCGUCCUUCCUUCCUUUCUUUGAGGAGAUGGUGGGAGAGGAGGCUACCAAAGAGAAGAUUUUUCUUUUUGGGUACAAGAGAAGAGUGCUCCUCACAAGCAACAGAGAGAGAGGAAGGCAUCUCUGCCUUCGCCCACGUUGUCUUCCCCUAUCCCAUACGCAAGACCAAGAUCUCGAAGGACGACUCCUACAUUGCCUAUACUCUGCGCCUACCGCUUUAUUCGUCUCUUUUCCGACGGGAUUCCUUCUUUCUUCUCCGGGGGGUUUCGUCUCCUCCACUCUGUUUAUUUGAUGGGCCUGGUGAUUAGAUUAUGCGAAAAGGGGAUUGACUCUGGGAGGAAGAAGAGGUAAUGGCUGCCGAAGCUUCUCCGGACGUAUCGCUCGAGUACACGCCGACGUGGGUGUUGGCUGUCGUCUGCACUGUUAUCAUCGUCAUCUCGCUUGCGGCUGAGCGCUUGCUGCACUACCUAGGAAAGUUUCUGAAACAUAAAGGGCAGGAUGCACUUUUCGAUGCAUUAGAAAAAGUGAAAGAAGAGUUGAUGCUUCUCGGCUUUAUUUCCCUUCUCCUAACUGUCUUUCAAGGCUUGAUUAGCCACAUUUGCAUUCCAGAAAGUGUUUCAACUUACAUGCUUCCAUGCAAGAAGGAGGGCUUAACAUCAGUGCAAGAAAAUUAUCAUGGGAAAGACUUUUAUUAUGGUCGUAUAUGGAACAAACGGAGGCUUUUGGCUGAGGGUGCUAGUUCUGACCAUUGCACAAGUAAGGGCAAGGUUCCGCUAUUAUCCUUGGAAGCAUUACAUCAAUUGCACAUCUUUAUCUUUGUUCUCGCAGUUGUUCAUGUUGUGUUCUGUGCCACUACUAUGUUUCUUGGAGGAUUUAAGAUUAGACAAUGGAAGCAUUGGGAGAAUGCAAUUCAGCAAGACAUUAAAAAGCAUGAGAAGUCACCAGUUCGUGGACGCCUCUUUCAUCAUGCUCCCCAUCGCCUUGAAUUUGUCAAGGAGCGUGCAAUGGGAUUUUGGAGGAAGUCAGCAGUUGUAAGUUGGCUGAUGUCAUUCUUCAAGCAGUUUUAUGCCUCAGUAACUAAAUCGGAUUACAGAGCACUGAGAGAAGGAUUCAUUAUGCGUCACUGUCCUACAAGUCCAAACUUUAAUUUCCACAAGUACAUGAUGCGUGCUCUUGAGGAUGAUUUUAAGAGAGUUGUUGGCAUAAGCUGGUAUCUCUGGCUCUUUGUUGUCAUCUUCCUGUUAUUGAAUGUGCACGGAUGGCACACAUACUUCUGGUUGUCUUUCCUGCCUCUUGUUCUUCUGCUUAUUGUGGGUGCAAAGCUGGAGCACAUUAUUACUCGGCUGGCUCUAGAUCUUGCAGAGUUACCUGUUGAUGACAUGGAAAGACCAGCACGUGUGAAGCCAUCUGAUGAACAUUUUUGGUUCAAUAGACCUGGCAUCAUGCUUUACUUGAUCCAUUUCAUAUUAUUUCAGAAUGCCUUUGAGAUUGCAUUUUUCUUCUGGAUCUGGAGCACAUAUGGAUUCCACUCCUGUAUCAUGGAAAGUGUGGGUUAUCUCAUCCCUCGACUUGUUUUCGGAAUCAUGAUUCAAGUUCUCUGCAGCUACAGCACUCUUCCUUUGUAUGCUAUUGUCACACAGAUGGGUGACAUGUUUAAACGAGCAAUCUUUGCCGAACAUAUGCAAUUGCUGCUGCAUGGUUGGGUUGAGGGUGUAAGAAAGCGCAAGAGGGCAGGUUUUUCUGCAUUUCGGGGCUUUUUCGGUCGCAAGGAUAAGAAGCGCAGCCCUUCUGGUAGGGACAUUCCAAUGCAGAGGAUGACCUCUCAAGUUCCUGAGAGUUCUCACAAUGUCCAGCAACCAGCUACCUUCGAAGGAACGAUAGGCUCGUCGAUGGAGAUAUCACAGGUGCAAGCUGAGUAGCUGUAUUGCAUUAGAGCUCACAAUGCCCAGUAACUGCAUCCCUUGAUCGAGAGCAUCGAUUCAGCAGAUGAUGCUUUCUGCUUGUAAUGUGCAACUUUUCUUUGGAUUUUGGGGAGCCAUCCUAUCAGCUACCUUGAUGUGGAUAACUUCAUAAGUUUGUUAAAUUUC